AUGAUAAAACUAUCCAAUUUAGAAAAGCUAAUCAGACGAAUAACGGUUAUUUUAACUAACACCAUGUUUGCAAAAUAUAAGAGUUUCAUGAAAGGAGAGGAUAGUAGUUUUGACAAAAAAGACUUCUUAAAGAGAGACCCAAUAAAAUUGUUGGUCCAACUAACAGUAAAACGACCAGCAAAAGAUGUAUUUCUACGUGUUUCCCGCGAAGAGGCAGCACCUCGACACUUCUUAUUAGAAGAAUCGGAAGAUAUGACCACCACUGAUUGCUUGGGAUUGCUCAAGCGAAAACCCACUUUUAAAUGA